AUGGGGCUCCAGUUAAUGUCUCGGCAGCUGGGGCUCCAGUUUUGUGUCUCGGUCAGUGGUGCUCCAUUAGUGUCUCGGUCCCUGGUGCUCCGUUUGUGUUUGCGUUUAGUUGGGGCUCCAGGGGCAGUUAACAAAGACUUGCUUGACGUAAGUACAUCUUCAAUAGCACCUACAACGACUACCACCACAGAGGCCCCACAGCUCACUCUUCAUAUCGGGAAUAACACCAUCAGUAAUGUGUGCAACAUCUCCUCCGAUGAUUACACCAAGCUAACUUCUUUCUAUCCUCAACACUGCAUUAAAGAUGAAGGCGAAUCAGAGGGACAAGAUGCAGGAGGAGCUGUUGUUGAUAUUGAAUCUGGGAAUGAAACUCAGUCAUGCCACACAAGUGUUGACCUACCAGAAAUGGGAGCAGCAGAACAAGAACACCUGUCAUCCCUCUCUAUAUUUCUCAUACUUUGUGUGCUUGCUGUAUGUGUGAUAUUGAUCUUUUUUCUUCUGAAGACCAAACUCAACUACCUCCCGGAAAGUGUAGCCUGCGUUAUAGUUGGUGGUGUGAUUGGUUUGGUCCUGAAGAUUUUAUACAGCCAACACAUAGCAAACUGGCAGAAAGAGGAAACUUUCUCUCCCACUGUUUUCUUCCUGGUUAUCCUCCCGCCCAUUAUAUUCGAGUCAGGCUACAAUCUUCACAAGGGCAAUUUCUUUCAAAACAUUGGCUCCAUAGUGGUGUUUGCAGUGAUGGGCACACUGAUCUCUGCACUAAUUGUUGGGGGAGGGGUUUAUCUCCUUGGGCAGGCUGAUGUAGUAUACCAACUGAGUUUUGUAGAGAGCUUUGCAUUUGGCUCUCUUAUAUCUGCUGUGGAUCCUGUGGCAACAUUAGCUAUCUUCCAUGCCUUAAAUGUGGACCAGGUGCUCUACAUGCUGGUGUUUGGAGAAAGUAUCCUCAAUGAUGCUGUCUCCAUUGUUCUCACCAGUACCAUCAUUGAAAUGGCCUCACCAACUAUGGCAGCCAUGGGAUCUGGAGAAGCAGUGUUGUACACUGUGUGGAGGUUCUGUGUCAUGUUCUUUGCCUCAGCAGGUAUUGGUGUUGCCUUUGCUCUGCUGAGUACUCUCACCCUCAAGUAUGUUCCUCUCAGGGAGUACACCUCCCUGGAACUCUGCAUUAUCAUCAUCUUCAUCUAUGCUCCAUACACCCUUGCAGAGGGAAUACAUUUGUCAGGUAUUAUGGCAAUUUUGUUCAAUGGGAUUGUGAUGUCACAUUACACACACUUCAACCUGUCACCAGUGAUGCAGAUAACCAUGCAACAUCUUAUGAGAACUUUGGCCCUUAUUGCUGAAUGUACUGUCUUCAUAUACCUGGGACUAGCACUUUUUAGCUUCAGACAUCAAUUCCAUUUGGCUUUAGUGUUAUGGAGCAUUGUUCUAUGCCUAUUGGGUCGUGCUUUGAAAUUUUUCACUCUCCUGGUUGUUAAUAAAUUCGUUGACCACCAAAUCAACUACAAAAUGAUGUUUAUUAUGUGGUUUAGUGGACUACGAGGUGCUGUUGCUUAUGCUUUGGCCCUGCACUUGGAGUUCAGCGAUGAAAAACGUCAUGUUAUAGUAACAACAACACUUACCAUUGUUUUGUUCACUAUAUUCUGUCUUGGGGGUUCUACCAUGCCUCUCAUUAAGUAUCUUAAGGCUGACAAGCGGCAGAGAAACAGACGACCUAAGGAGCGUGAAAAGGAAAUGACCUUAAGCAAAACUAGAGAAUGGGGACAAGCAUUAGAUUCAGAACACUUAUCAGAGUUUACAGAGGAUGAGAGUGACACUCCAAUGGGUGCUCAAGUACGAGGAUUCCUCCGCCUUGACAUUCUGUAUCUUCGUCCCUUCCUAAUUCGCCGUGUGACACAUCAAGAGGUGCGAUCACAUGCCAAUGACCUCAAGAAACAGUGCUACCAGUCAAUCAAUGUUCAAGCUUCAGAGUCAGAAGAAGAAGAAGAAAUCUUUACAGCUCGGUAAAGAUAUUCACCAAAAUUAAGCUAAAUUGUCUACUGGGUACUGUGUAUAUAUAUUUUAUUAAUGUUGCACUAAAAAAGAAAGUGUCUAUAAAUAUAAUUUAUAUCAGUUUAGUAAAAUACUUUAUAUAGUUUUCAGUAAAUACAACUGUAUAUUUAUUAAUGUGUGUGUGUGUGUGUGUGUGUGUCACUGGAGCAAAAAAAAAAAAAAAAAAUAAUUUAUGUACCUUUUUACAUUCAUUCAGUUGCUAUCUUUCCACAGUGUGCUGGCAUCACAAUUCAGGUUACACUUUGCUGCAACAGCCUCACCCUUUCUCAGAGUGCAGGCAUUGCCCUUCCCACCUCCAGGUCUGGCUAACCGGUUUCCCUGAAUUCCUUCAUAAAAGUUACCUUGCUCACAUUUCAGCAUCGUGUCCAUUCACUCCAGUCUAACAUGCUCAUACAAGUCUGCUGGAUGUUGAUCAAGCCCCAAAACUCAGAAGUCAGAGGAAAGUGGUAGGUAAACCCCCCACUUUCUUCCAGCUGUUCCUGGGACAAACCCUACACCCUCCUACUCUCCACCCUAGAUUUAUACUCGUCAUUCUAUUCCUUUUCAUCCUUUCUACAUGCCCAAAACAUUUCAACAACUCAGCCCUCUGAAUUAUACCUUUGGUGACCCCACAUUGCCUUUUAGUUUCUGCACUCCAAAUUCUAUGCACGAUAUUCACACCACACACUGCUCUAAAAUGAGAGAUCUUCAGUGCCUCGCUUCAGUGUUCACAGCCUAUGCCUGACACCCACAAAAACAUGUUUGUACCACUGUACUCGCGGUAAAUUCCGAUCUUUGCCUACAUAGUUCUACCGUUCUUUUCACAUAACCCAACUUCCCCAUGCCUUCCCUCAUAUAUUGCAUGAUUAACAUUAUCUUUCAUGUCUAAGCACAUCUUCCUCCAUACGCCCUCCCUCCAGUCUCAUAUUUAAUGUAUCACUGCCUAGACUUUUUGUUACCCUUAUUACCUUGCUCAGUGGCAGUGCUAAGGGAUGCUUCAGCUAUCCAAAAUAAAAAUAGUAAUAAUAUUGCUACUUUGUCUCCUAGCCCCUCCUUCCAACCUGAUAGCUUCCUUAAAGUCCCAGUAUAGAAAUUCUGGUGCUGCCCUGACAUUGCUCUUUUCCAUAUUCACUUUUAAUUUCCUUCUUUUACAUACUCCUCUCAAUUUCAUCUACCAACUUUUGCAACUUGUCUUAAGAAUCUCCCAAAAGAAGUGUGAUUCAUCAGCAUAGAACAACUGUGGCAAGUCCCACGCCAUUUCCCCACACCCUGGCAUUCAACUUUUUACAACCCCAUCUAUAAAUAUGUUAAGCAAUCAUAGUGAAAUGCAUCCCUGUCCAAGUAUAAUUUUCACUUGGAAGUAGUUACCCUCUCUUACAUGCACUAACCUGAGCAUCACAUUUUGCAUAAAAACUCUUAACUGCAUUUAGUAACCUAAAUCCUAUUCCAUACCCAAGUACUGUAUGUAUAACUAUAGGUUUAGUGUUUGCCCCCCCCCCUCCCCAGCAGGUAAUAAUAAUAAUCCUACUCCAUACAUUUUCAACAUCUGCAACAUGGCUACCCUAUUAUAUGCCUUUCCUAAAUCCAUAAAUGGAACUAAGAGCUCUUUACCCUCAAGUACUGCUUACUUAAAUGCUUCAAUGUCAACAUUUGGUCUACAUAUCCCUACCCUUAAUAAAUUCUCCCUGCUCCUCUGAAAUCCUAAAUUUUGUCUUAUCCCCCUAUUUUUAUUAUUUUUUUUUAUUAUCACACCGGCCGAUUCCCACCAAGGCAGGGUGGCCCGAAAAAGAAAAACUUUCACCAUCAUUCACUCCAUCACUGUCUUGCCAGAAGGGUGCUUUACACUACAGUUUUUAAACUGCAACAUUAACACCCCUCCUUCAGAGUGCAGACACUGUACUUCCCAUCUCCAGGACUCGAGUCCGGCCUGCCGGUUUCCCUGAACCCCUUCAUAAAUGUUACUUUGCUUACACUCCAACAGCACGUCAAGUAUUAAAAACCAUUUGUCUCCAUUCACUAUCAAACACGUUCACGCAUGCCUGCUGGAAGUCAAAGCCCCUCGCACACAAAACCUCCUUUACGGAGUCCAGUCCCUGGACCAGUUAUGUACCUCUGUAAUCUUUUGACUACUGCCCACAGGAUGGGUAUGGGGUGCAUAAUAAACAUAUUAAACUAACUAACUAACCCCUCCCUCCAACCUUUCCUAGGCCGACCCCUACCCCGCCUUCCUUCCACUACAGACUGAUACACUCUUGAAGUCACUCUGUUUCUCUCCAUUCUCUCUACAUGUCCGAACCACCUCAACAACCCUUCCUCAGCCCAUUUACAACAGUUUUGGUAAUCCCGCACCUCCUCCUAACUUCCAAACUACGAAUUCUCUGCAUUAUAUUCACACCACACAUUGCCCUCAGACAUCUCCACAUAUCCCCCUAAUCCUUUGAAUAAUGACUACCAGAAACUACCUGGUAUUCUCAGCAGGUUUAUUCCCGUGAUUGUUACAUUCUUUCUUUUUCCCUUUUACGAGGAAACUAUCAUGCUUUCUGCCAAUUCUUUAGCAAUUUCCCGUCUAUCAUGAAUAUGCUGAACCCACCAACCACUCCAACACUGUUCCCACCCUCUUUUAACAUCUGUCUGAAUCCCAUCUAUCCCAGUGCUUUACUCCCUUUCAUUCUUCCCAUUGUCUCAUGCACUCUCCCCACAUUCACCUCAGGCUCCCCUUCACGAUGAUAUCCCUUCCUGCCCCAUUAUGAAAUUACCACCUUCCUUUAUCAUCAAUAUUCAACUUGUCAGAAUAUGCUUUACAUCUUUCUAGUACCUCCACCUCCCCAUCUAGUAACUCCCCUCUUUCAUUUUUAACUGCAAAGUCUAUUUGCUCUCCAGGCUUCGUCACCUUAUUGAUCUCUCUCCAAAACAAUUUUUUUUUUAACACGCUGGCCGUCUCCCACUGAGGCAGGGUGACCCAAAAAAGAAACACUUUCACCAUCAUUCACACACAAUCACUAUCUUUGUAGAGGCACACAGAUAUGAAAGUUCAGAUGUAACUCCCAACAGUAAAUAUCCCAAACCCCUCCUUUAAAGUGCAGGCAUUAUACUUCCCACUUCCAGGACUAAAGUCCGGCUAACCGGUUUCCCUGAAUCCGUUCACAAGAUAUUACCCUGCUCACGCUCCAACAGCUCGUCAAGUCCCAAAAUAAUUUUCAGCAAUUUACUGAUAAAGACUUGCCUGUUGGUUCUCUUUUUGCACUCCCUCACCACUCUUACCCUCCCUCUUUCUCUCCAUAUACUCUGCUUUUUAACAUUUUCACAUUGCAAAAACCUUUCAUUUACUUAUUUUUUCUCAUCCACCAAUCACUCCUCUUCCCACCCACACCCACUUUGUUUAGAUCUGUCUGAAACACUCUCUCAAUUCAUUUUCAUCUUACCCAUUGCUGAUAGUCUUCUUGUACUCCAUCUACCCCUUUUACUAUAGAACCCCUAAUAAUGAUCUGACAUUUCUGUUGCUCCUCUAAAGAAAUGCUCAUCCAUAAGUCUGCUCAUUACCCUUUUGUCUACUAAUACAUUGCAUAAGCUGUUAUCAUUGCACUAUAUCAUAUCUCUUAUACUUACAAGUACUGUCUACAAGCAAAUCCCUAUAUGCACACAACUCAGUUAAGGGCCCCAUUAUCAUUUAUCCUUAGUACCCCAAACUUACUUAGUUGAGGGGUAAUCUGAAAUGUGAUGUCAUCACCCUUCUGGUGAGAGAAUGGAUAAUUUGUAACUAAUGUAAAUAUCAAAGAAGGUACUGAACCCCCUGUGUCUGUGUCUGUCCAGCAACCUGUUUUAUACAGGCGAUGUCUGCAGGUGUCACCAGCUGCAACGUGAACUAUAAUUUUUUAUAGCUCAACCUUUACCAGCACAAGUAGAGCUCUAGCUCAAGGCCCUUUAAUGCCAAUGUCAAUGUUCUUUGAAAAAUUGUAAUGGAUGAUUAUAACUAAAUAUGCACAGUGCGCACACAGCUACAGUUUCAAUCCCCACCCGAUUUAUCUUUGAUAUGUAUUAGACUAGGCGAAUCUCUAUCCAUAGUUCAUCUUACUGCAGACACCACCAUCUCAUCAAGGUAUUAUACAGUGCAGCACUACUCUAUUUCUGUAUUUGCUGGUACCUAUUGGAAUGCAUCUCUCAGAAAUCUGAAGAAGUUACUGUAUUACGUAAUGCAUGCUGAGACUUGCUACUAUUGUCAGGGGUUAAUACACUAGAUUAUCAUCAUCAAGUUAGGCACUGAACCCAAAAGGGUCGUGCAGUACUACACUUUCCCGUCUUCGCAUUAGGCAACUACAGUGCCCUAUUUCAAUUACCUAUUGAAUUAAGCAUAUAAAUAUGAUCUUGUGCCAUGAAGUUGAACACACAAGUAAUUUUGAUUAAACUUGUGUUGUUUCAUUAAGAGUAAAGCUCCCAUGAGUGAUUUAGUGCCUCCAAAUUAGUUACAGUAAAUUAGAUCACAACUCGAAAUCAAAGGAGUUCAAAUUAUGCAUUGUACCAAUGCUUUUACAAAUGUGUCAAUUUGCUCAUUGUAUCAUAAUACUGUAUAAUGUAAUUAGUGUGUGUGUGCGCAUUUGUGAUAUAUAAAAUUAAUUUAGUAUCUUAUUUUCAUUUCAACAUUUUCUACUGUCUAAUAACUAUUAGUCUCCUCUAGACACUGCUGUAUAAUCCUUAUGGGUUUAAUGCUACCCCAUGAUUAUAAUCCUCUAGACUAACAUCUUUUCACAAUUCAAGUCAUAUAUCAUUUCAGAUUCUCUCUUUUAAUCAUUGUUCCUAAAGAUGUAUUCUCUAACUCUUCAUACUUGGGUAUUCUCUUUGUUCAUGUGAAAUUUCUCAUUCUCUACAUAUGCUUUAUCUGUCUACAUACACUGCUAUUUUGUCAUGUGUGCCAUAUUUUUCUUAUUUAUCCUUUAUUAUUUUGUCCACACGUAGCUCUAAACCACAGCAUAUCACACAUCCUUAUCAUUACCAGUUUUUUCCCCAAUUUUUAGCUUGUGCAUAUUCUACAGCCUUCAUCUAACAGGGGGUCUUUGAUGUUUCUCCAGUGCUCUCGGUUAUUUUGAAAAGCUGAUCCAAUCACCCCCCCUCCUCCCAUUAAUUUCACUGUUUACAUCUGUGAUUCCCUCUAUAUCCACUUAACUAUAAACAGGACCUUCCAUACUCAGAUCAAUUCUCUUGUAGUAAAUUCUACAGCAACUCUUUAAUAAGAUCAGCCUAGUACUGUAGUAGUCUACAAACUGCUAGACUAGGUGGGAGAUACAAAAGCAGUUAAAAAUUAUAUACUAAAACUCACAGCACUAUACCUGUGUAAUCUUGUCGAGUAGGCAGAAGGUGUUGCAGCUAACUACAGAUAUUGCCUGGGUAGUAGCAAGACCCAGAAUGGUUUUGCUCAGUGGCAGCUACAGCAGAGGGAGGUACAUAAUUAUAUAAUGUGUAUGGAAUCAGUAGAUCAAGAUGUCACUGCUGCAGCUAACUUGAGAUGCUCAUUACUGAGAUCUAGAAUAGUCUUGUCUGGCAGCAGCAGCAGAGGGAGCUAUAACAACUGGGAUGAUCCCCAAAAACUUGCAAGCCUGUCUAGCUGUAGCUUUCGUUACCUCUCCAAGCCCAGCCUCACUCCAACAUUUGCUACAAUUUGUCAGUUUAUUAAACUUGAACAUUAAAGCUUAAUUUAAAUUUUGUAUUCAUUUCUUGAUGUUUUGCAACUACAGUACUAAAAUAAUACUCCCAUUUUCUCUACAUACCGUUCUUUCUUUAUGAACAUUUACGAGGAAAAAAACAAAGGAGCAUAAAUACGUAUAUGAUGCUCUAUUUCACUCACUGACCAAAUUAUAUUUAUUGCAUUUGAGCAAUUGCCCAGCUAAAAAAAACAAUAUAAGGGAUGAUAUUGUCAAAAUAGUGGUUAGUUAAUCAGAAACACACAUUAUAAGGCCUUAAUUUAUGGAAUUCCAAAGAAUCCGAUCUAUUUAUACUACCUGUUAUCCUGGAGCAGUUUGAAUAUCUAAUGUGUUAUUCGAUUGCUUUGGAUCUGUCCUUAAUUACCACUCUUUCAUUGUUAGCGUUCAUUAUGGCAUGUCACUUAUGUUUGUAUUAUAAUUUUGCAUACAUUUUCUUGUUCUACACAGUAAACCCUUAAUUUAAUGAAUGAUUUGGAAACAAAGUCAGUUGGUUGUAGAAUUACUUGUCCAGUAUUUACAAUCAUGGCCAAAACAAAUUCUAUCCACCCUUUCCCCCCAUUAGUCCAUUAAAUCAAGAGUUUACUGUAUUUGGAAGUUUAUAUUACAAUAAUUAUUAUUAAACUAACAUUUUCUUGUUCUAUGUUUGAAAGAUUAUAUUACAGUAUAAGUAAACUAUUCAUUUUAUAUAAGGUACAGUAGACAUUCAUAAUUCGCACAAGUUACAUUCCUGAAACUUCAGUAAAAAUGAAUUCUGCAACUUAUGGAGUGAAAAACACGUGAAAAAAAUAGGAGCGAGUUCCUUACACCUCAUGAAAUCCAAACAAAUAAUUUUUACUAUCAUUUGUCAGUGAGGAUGCUCUGUGAAAUACCUGAACUCUAGUAAGGCUCAGACUGUAAAAGGGAAGAGCAUUUGUAGCUAAAAAAUGGUUACAUUACAGUAUUUGUUACAUGCCUUCAAGUUGGGUUGGUUAUGCCUACCUUCCUGAAGAGCGGGGUUGUGGCCCUACUGGGCCAAUGUUGAUAGGGUUGCUGUGAUGUUGAAGAUUGGAAUUCAUAACUGGAAUCUUGAAUCUUGGGAUUCAUAUCCAGAACUAAAUGUGCACUCAUUUUUGGGCUCUCCUCCUUCCUUACACAGUUUUAUAGUAUAAAAUUUUUCAAUAAUAAUAAGAUCAAGUGGAACAGCUUUUUGUUUUUUAAUCCACACAUUUAGUACUGUUCUAUUUAGCUGUAAUAACCUAUUCCUCAUUCUGUUCACUAUGUCACAUUGAGGAUUACUUACAAAAGCCUUUGUUCACCUCAGUGUCAAAUUGAACAGAUCAUCGAUCCUCUAAUACCAAACACUCAUACUGUAGCCACAUGUGCACUACCCUUCAGCAUCUCAAUUACCUCCAUUUUUUUUCAAAAUAGGCACAGUUCACGCUUAAUUUUCUACCUUGCUUCAUCUUUGCUUCAUUUGGAUGCCAUGAUAAAUAUCCAUAGACAAGAUGGGAUGAUGAAAAGGAGGAAAAGCUGAGCAAUGAGCACUAAGUGAAAAAUCAUAUGGUAUACAUCCAGAUAAACUGAUCUGUGUGAGAGGCUGUUUGUUUACAUCUCCAUUCACCCUACAUUGCACAUCUAAAACAAUGAGUUGCCCAGUGCAUAGUGAUGGGACUGCCUGCCUGUCUUGUUGCAGUUAUUUAAUGGAAAGGAAUUCCACUAGAGCAUGCCUCAGUGAAAAAUUAAGGUGUGCUUUAUGGGUAAUGAAAAUCUAAAAUUAAAUAGCAGAAUAUUGAAAAUGCAAACUAUAAUUGUGCAAUUUAUGGUUGUCUACUGUACAAUAAAUGCACAAUAUUAUAUGCUGUUUUCUCAUGCAGGAAAGUGGCUACAUUUAUCAAUGCAGUUAACACAUUUGUGUUAAUUGCUUAGCUAAGCUUAUGCAAGAUAGUUUUACCUACUCAGAAAACUAAAAUAUUUUAAUAAAACUUCAUACUUUUUCUCUUAUCACAUGGUGCAUUUUUGGCCAUAUGUCUGCCCAUGAAAGAAUCUUUCUCUUAUGGUGCAGUUAAUCCAUGAUGAUAAAGAUUAUAAGUUUAAGAAUAGUCACAAUACCAUGGUUGGAAUAAAUCAUCAAAAAUCCACAUUCAGAAGAGGAACCUGAUGACAGCGUUUGUCCAUCCUAGACCAUUGUAAAGUCACAACUGCAGAUUUUUGGUGACUUACCCUUAAGUACUGCAAUUAAAGAAAAAGUUAAUGGUAUACAAUAUACUGGUUAAUUUGGUCUUGUAGGAUACUGGUUCUGGCAUUAUUAUGGAACAAGGAUUUUAAGCACAGUUCUCAGUUAAGCUGUCUACAAUGGUUUCAUUGCUACGGCACCUACUCCUUACUACAGGCAAGGAGUGCGAAGGUUGUAUUGUCAUUUAUAAUGAAGUAGAUUUCUUAAUUCACAUUGUGUACUUAAGUGUUCUAACAUUUGAUCACUGUCAACAAGUAGCCUAUUUACACAGUCUGGAAGGGUUUCAAAUAUUUUAAAUGAUUUGGGGCAUAUCACCAAAAAAAUUAACCACAUUAUUAAUAAAUCUUAAAGAUACA